CGAUUGCGGCGCUGUAACCGCGUUUAGACUAUUAAGCAGUCUCUGCCUAUUCAUGUGGCCGAUGCCUUUGAGGCCGACAGGAAUCCGUACAGUGCACUUACAAACCCCGAUGGGCUCAUCAACCUAUCGGUGGCUGCGUGUCAGUUAAAAUCAGCCAAUCAGAUCCACGCUCGGGUAAAUGAAGCGAUGGAAAAGGAAAGCUCACUGGCGAGUCGCCACUUUGGUUAUGCGUCUGACCCCCACGGCACGGAAGAGCUGAGGAGUGCCGUUGCUGGUGUUAUGACGGAGUAUAUUUUCAAAGGGGAACACACAGCGAUCCCAGACGAUGUGCUGCUCUGCUCCGGAGCCACUUACGCAGUGUCCGCGUUGACGGGGUGUCUGUGCGACAUAGGCGAGGGUGUCAUCAUUCCGAGCCCAGUCUACUCUGGGUUCUUUUUGGAUUGCACAAUGCUGCCUGGCGCGAAAGUGUUGCCGUCGGACGCUAAGGCGGAGAACGGGUUUCGGCCGCAAGUCAGUGAACUGGAGGAUACGUAUAAUAAGGCAAUGGCAGACGGAAUCACACCGCGAGUACUGAUUAUUGUGAACCCGAACAAUCCGAUGGGCUUCAUACACACAGCUGACGAGAUCGAACAGAUGAUCGCAUGGGCACGGGGCCACAGUCUACAGAUCAUUGUGGACGAGAUCUACGCGUUGAGUGUGUUCUCUGGUUCUGGUCCGUUCACAUCGGUGAUGAAUAUAUUGGAGGGAGAUUUGUCAGAUGACAUACACAUUGUCUGGGGCUUUUCCAAGGAUCUGUGUAGCAAUGGCAUGAGAGUGGGCUCCGUCUACACUCAGAGUGACGCGCUGAAAAAACCUUUGGUCACCGCCUUUUUAUUUGCAAUGAUUCCGCAGAUGGUACAACAUGUGUAUGCACAGGUGCUCAAGGACCGAACUUUCACAAAAGAUUACUUUAGCGUGCAUAGCAAGUGUUUGGCGGAAGCAUACCAAGCUGUGACGAAUACGUUGGACUCGCUCGGAGUGCAAUAUAUACCGGCCGAAGCAGGAUUCUUCGUGAUGCUCUCUCUCAGGUGUGUUGGGGUGAAUAGCGACGACAAAGAGAUCAAGGCAUACAAGCACCUACUGAGUCACAAGCUGAUCCUGAGCCCGGGCAGUACCAUGGCUACACCUGAGGAUGGAUGGUUCCGAUUGGUCUUCACAACAGUGCCGCUGGACGAUCUCCUGAUAGCUCUGCAACGGUUUGCGGCCGCGUACAAAAGCUUCUCCGAAUGCCUGACGUAGAGUCGCGGCAUCUGAUUGGCUAUUGAAGACUUUGGCUAUUGAAGACUAGUAUGACGAAUUAUGGGGCGUGUGAGUGACCAUUGAGUGCCACUAUUGGGUUCGCAUCAUCGCUUAUUUAUUUAUUUUGGCUUUUUUGUCCUCUGAAGCAAAUUCCAAUCCAUGUUGUCACCCAAUUAUCGCGCUCGGGGUAUACUGAUUCUGGAUUUGAUACAUCCCGAUCAUAGAUUAUAAAUAAGCAGGUAGUUGGCUUACAUUUAUUGGGCGCAGAAAAUAUCAGCAGGCAUUUAAAUCUGUGUACCGAAAACAGGACUUUCCGCAAGUAUAGGUACGCAGACAAAACAUAGGAAUGGAUUCCGCGACUGAAAGGAUACAAUAAAGAGCCACAAAAGGCGCGAGAUAUGAUGUACCACUCUGGGCAUGAGCGUUAAGUCACCCAUAAAAGAGGACUAGAAUUGUACUGUACUGUACUGUACCAAACCCACUCCGCUGCACAGGACGGGACUUCUAUUUAGUGGUGCAAAAAGUUACCGUUGGCGUUGUCCACGGGGAGCAAGUGAGCGAGUACUAGUAGACAAACAAACACGAGAAACGUAUCACAAGUCAAACACAAGAAACGUAUCACAAGACAAACACAAAAAACGUACCACAAGACAAACACAAUAAACGUUUCACAGGACAAACACCAUAAACGCAUCACAAGACAGACACAAGAAACGUAUUGCAAGACAAACACAAGAAACGUAUCACAAGACAAACACAAAAUA